CUGACAGCUGUCAGAAAAGAGUUUGCACGUUAUUAUCAAGCAAUAUGUGUCUGCUUCUACGAGCCAUAUAUUAAUGAUAUAAUACUGGCUACAUUUCAAAAGCUUAAGUGACUUCUACUUCGAGAAAGAAACCGCAUCUGGGUGUUAGGACUUGACGUGAGAGUAAAGUGUCAAGUGCCAGUGGUUUAGUAUUUGUGUGGCUUACGAAGAAGUCUCAAGAGAAUGCAGGAAAUGAACGGCAGAAUGCAUCAUGAGGAGGUAACGGGAACUUCCGUGGGAGAUAACACAUCUCUUACUGCAGAUAUUCUCAACCCCUUCAUACACCGGCUCGAGCUUGACACGACCUACGACAAGCUCAAGACUGCAUUCCUCACUGUGGCUUUACUACCAUUGAGAUUGGCAGCCAUUACCGCACUGGUGAUUAUGGCUUGGCUUCUAGCUUGUCUAGGUCUUCAUGGUCUCUCUGAAGAAGAUCUACGUCGAGCUCCACUCACUGGUUGGCGUCGAGACAUGAGGGUGCUGGUGUGCUGGGUGAUGAGGGCCUUGUUCAUCUGCGGAGGAUUCCACCACCUGAAGGUGAAAGGCGAACGGGCACCGCCGAAGGACGCUCCGGUUUUGGCACUGGCGCCCCAUUCCAGUUUCUUCGAUGCUCUACCCGUCGUCUACCUCGGUGGACCCAGCAUCGUCGCCAAAGCGGAAACUGGGAGCAUUCCAUUUUUUGGAAAACUCAUCAACUAUACACAACCAGUUUACGUAUGGAGAGAGGAUCCUAAUUCCAGGCAAAAUACUAUAAAAGAGAUCAUUGAAAGAGCCACUUCCAAGGAAGAUUGGCCACAGGUGAUGAUAUUCCCUGAGGGAACCUGUACCAAUCGUUCAUGUUUAAUUACAUUUAAAUCUGGAGCAUUCUACCCGGGAGUUCCAGUUCAGCCUGUUUGUAUUAGGUAUCCUAAUAAGCUGGAUACUGUCACAUGGACUUGGGAAGGUCCUGGAGCAUUGAAAUUACUUUGGCUCACCUUAACACAAUUGAACAGUAGCUGUGAGAUUGAGUUCCUACCAGUGUACAAACCCAGCGAAGCUGAGAAAAUUGAUCCUAAGCUUUACGCUAAUAAUGUUCGUCGUCUGAUGGCAGAGGCGCUAAAAAUUCCUGUCUCAGACUACACUUACGAUGACUGUAGAAUCAUCAGCAAGGCUCAUCAGCUUAAUCUGUCACAUGCUUCAGCCAUCAUAGAAGCACAUAAGCUUCGUUAUAAACUUGGAUUACUGAAAGCAAAGACUGAGGAGUGUCUGGUUCAGACAAAAACAGAAAGAUUUGGUGAGAAUGUCGAUCUCCAGGAAUUUACCAAAAUACUUAGACUAGAUCCUGAGGAACCAUCGACACAGCAUCUCUUUCGGAUUCACGACAGAGAUUCACGUGGAAAAGUAGACCUGGAGGAAUAUAUUUUCACAGUAUUGGUCAUAGCUGACGCGAACACAGUCCCUGACAUGAUAGAUAUAGCCUUUCAGGUAUGCAGUUCAAAUGGAACGAGAUCACUGACCAAUAGGGAAUUAAGAAAAGCAUUGAGACUGUCCCUUCACUUUCAACCAGAAGAGUCGGACAGGAUCUUCUCACAAGCACAGACAGAUAACUCUGCCGAGACAGUAUAUUUAGAUGAUAUUUUGGCGAUUUUAAGUUCUCAUCCAGAGUUUGCCCAUUGGUUUAAUGGUUGCACCGAUACCAAGAGGAAGAAGUCCAUUUGAGAGUGUCUAUUGACAGCCACAGUAACUCCUUACAAUUUUACAGGCCAACGAAGCAACUCCAACUCUUUACUAAUUGGAACACAAUUGAGUCCUGCGUAGAUUAUUGCCAAGCAUGGUAGGAGUAAUUACAGCAAAUAAUAUCAUUCCCUGUAAUGAGAAUCUGUAUAGCUGAAGUUACACUAAUUUGUAACCAAAUUAUUUGCUGCUCUAAUCUUCCCUUUGGAGAGAGCCUAACCUCUCAGAUAAUAAGAAAUGUAAAUAGUAGAGAAAAUGUAUUCUACGAGUACUUAUACAAGUAUGCAAAUGCAGUUUGUCUUGUGUCCUCUCGCGUGUCCUAAAAAAAUUUAUUUCAAGAGUGCAAAGGAAAGAAAAUCCUCCUCAAGAAUGUGUAUGAGUAUUCCAUUAAUAUUUACUACAUGAUGAUAACAUUUACUAAGAAGACCAGAGCCUUCGGAACGAAUGCAUACGUUUUAAGAAUAAAUAUGUUAUAAAAUUUAUUCAUUGCCAAGUAACAAUACAUCUGUAGUAAAAUUAGAUUACGUGCGGGUAUGCGACUGUGUAUAUAUGUAUGCGACGAGUAAAGAAAUAUAUGUAUAUAUAUACUA